GGUCUUGAAAUUACAUCGCUAAUGAAAUUUAUCCAAUGUUGGUUGUACGUUUUCCCCCAUGGCGGCGAGCUUUCCCCCAUGUCAAACGUUGCAUAACCCCACUUUUGGCUCCGAAUUUUAUGUUUUCAACAAGAAAUAUGUCAAGCAAAAGAGAUCGAAUGGGCAAUAGAAAAAAGGGUAAUCAUGAGAGACCACCUCCCCACUUGAAAGGCAAACAAAUUGGCAUGUUUUUUGCCCAAAGAAACAAAGAAAGAAAUGAGCAAAACAAAAAGAGACCGUUGGGCACUAUCUUGUUAUCAGAAUCCAGAAAGAAUCAAAUUCAAGCAGUAUUAAACUCAACGUCAUUAAGGAAUCUUUUUGUCACUACCAGCGGUACAUAUGAACAUGUUGAAGACUCAGUUUUCAAAAGAAACUUUCUUCGAGUCAUUAACGAGACAAUUGAUGAAAAGUUGCUACAAACGUCUGAAGUUAUUGCCGAAGAUGCCACAUUGAAUUUGUCAUUAUAUGAGGAAUUUUUGAAAAAGCAAUCCAAUCCUAAAUACGUUGACAUGAAAAAGAAACGCAAAAAGUUGCCGGCGUUUAGUAUGAAAGAGGAGAUUUUGAAAGUCAUUGAUGAGAAUCAAGUUGUGGUGAUUAGUGGCGAAACUGGGUGUGGGAAAACGACCCAAGUUGCUCAAUUCAUCCUUGAUGAUUUUUUACAAAAAAAGAGAGGUUCAGUUUGUAAGAUUUUGUGUACGCAACCACGUCGGAUUAGUGCCAUUACUGUGGCUCAGAGAGUGGCAGAAGAGCGCGCUGAGAGUCUAGGAAACAGCGUGGGAUACCACAUUAGGAUGGAAAGCCGUUUACCCCGCGAUCGGGGCUCCAUCUACUUUUGCACAACUGGUGUGGUUCUAAAAAUGAUGGAAUCAGACGCUUCGCUGUCUUGGGUCUCUCAUUUGAUCCUCGAUGAAAUUCAUGAGCGUGACGUAAUGUCUGAUUUUAUCCUAGCUCUUAUUAAGAAAAUUAAAGUAAAACGAAGCGACCUUAAAAUUAUCUUGAUGAGUGCUACGCUUAAUUCCGAAAAAUUCUCAAAGUAUUACGACAACGCUCCUCAUCUGAAUAUUCCAGGGUUCACCUAUCCUGUCCAAGAAUUCUACCUCGAAGAUGUCUUACAACGGACCGGUUUUGUGUUUCCACCGACCGGACGUAUCAAACAGAAAAAACUCAAAGAAUAUAGUGAUUUCAUAGAACCACAUGUAAGACAGUUAGAGCGGACAAAUCAGUACAGUCGACAAGUUUGCAUUCAAUUACGCAAACCAGAAUCCGAAGACCUCAACCUCGACCUAAUCGUCCAACUUGUCGUCGAUAUUUGCCAAAAAGAGCAAGACAAAGGCGCCAUUUUGAUUUUUUUAACUGGCUUCCAAGAAAUCUCCACUUUGACUCGACUAAUAUCCGAAAAUGGCCAUUUUCCGAGUAGUAGAUUCCUCAUUUUUCCCUUACAUUCUCUCAUGCCAACGGUGGAUCAAAAACAAAUUUUUGAGACGCCCCCUCGUGGCAUGCGCAAGAUCAUAAUCGCGACGAACAUCGCCGAAACGUCGAUAACAAUCGACGAUGUUGUUUACGUCAUCGACUGUGGCAAAAUCAAAGUUACCAACUUUGACGUCCGAACAAACUCUGAUAUUUUAUCACCGGAAUGGGUGUCUUUAGCCAAUGCGAAUCAACGUAGAGGGCGCGCAGGUCGUGUCAGGCCCGGGAUGUGUUUUCAUUUGUUCAGCAAGGCUCGCAAUAUGCUCUUGGAGCAGUACCAACUGCCUGAGAUAUUAAGGACUCGAUUAGAGGAUGUUAUUCUGACGGCGAAAGUGCUACAAUUGGGCAAAGUUGAGCAAUUUUUCGCCCAGUUGAUUGACUCGCCUGAUCCUGAAGCUGUUUCUGUAGCUCUGGAGCUACUAAAACGUAUGAAUGCGUUGACUGAUGAUGAGAAAUUGACACCGUUGGGGUACCACUUGGCCAAAUUGCCCAUGUCGCCACAGAUGGGCAAAAUGAUCCUUUUUGGGGCGAUUUUCAGCUGUUUGGACCCAAUUCUGUCAAUCGCUGCCGCUCUUGAUUUCAAGGAUCCGUUCCAAUUGCCGAUUGGUAAAGAAAAAGAGGUUAAUAAUGUAAAACUAGAGUUGUCAAGGGGUAUAAAAAGUGAUCAUUUGUUAUUCCACGAGGCUCUGAAAGGGUUUGAGGAGAGUGGAAGUUCGUCUCGGCAGUUUUGUUGGAACUACUUUCUGAGUCACCAAACUUUAAAACAAUUGCAAGAUAUGAAGAAACAAUACAUGGAGUAUUUGUACGAAAUGAACUUCGUCCCAAAUUCAAAUCCGAAAUGUCCCGAGUGUAACCUAAAUUCGAACAAUCUCAGCUUGAUCAAGGCUAUUAUUUGUGCCGGAUUGUAUCCCAAUAUUGCCAUUUCGACGGUUUUAGGAAAGCCACCUGUUAAGACUCCUGAUAUGAAACGUUUGAAGCUUCAUCCGAAAUCAAUAUUGUCCAGUUGUAAAUACUUCGAUACAAAUAUUCUCGUUUAUUAUAGGAAAAUGAAAUCGAAGAGCGAUUUCAUCCACGACGCCUCAUUAAUUCACCCCUUACCUGUUAUAUUUUUUGGCGAUAAGUUUAAUCAGAUUUGUGAAGAUGGUCGCAUUAUGAUUUCCAUUAAUCAGAAUUUGAGAUUUAAGUGUACGGAAAGUACGGCUUCUAUCAUUAAGGACUUGAGAGAUCGGUUCAACUGGUUUUUGGAAUAUAAAAUAUCUCAUCCGGGACCAGUGAUUUGGGGAGGAGAUGAUGAGACGAAAAUUUUAAAUGUCAUAAUGGAAUUGAUUACUUGUGAAGACAUGGAAGAAUACGAUGAUGAUGCAUUUGAUGACGACUAGAAAUGUGUUUUGAUAAUAAUUAUUGUUUUCCUUUUUGUAAAGAAUUUUAUUUAUAUGUAUUUUGAUUAAUAAAUUAAUUUCACAUU